AUGUCAGAAUUCGAAUUACCAGAGAAUUUCAGUCAAUUAGUUCAUGAAAAAUAUCAACAAGCUUUAAGCACUGGUGAUGUUGUUUUCCAAGAAUCAACAAAUCAUUAUAUCGAAGAUAAUGAUGUUCAAUUUGUUAUAACUCAUGCUCCAGGUCUUGCUAAAAAACCAACCCAAGAAAAAGCUCCAGAACAAGAACAAAGAGAAGAAGGGUUUAAUCCCUUUUUAAAUCCAGAUCCAAAAUUGACUGUAUUAUCAGGUUUUGGUAAUGGUGAAUUUAAUAUCUUAUUAAAUAAAUAUCCAAUAACUGAAAAUCAUUUAUUAUUAACAACAACUGAAUUUAAAUCUCAAAAUUCACCAUUAUCACCAAGAGAAUUAAUUGCUUCAAUUAAAAUUUUAGAUCAAUUAGAAAAAUCUUCAACAAAAAAUGAAAAAUUUUUUGGUUUUUAUAAUUGUGGUGAAAAUUCUGGUGCUUCUCAACCUCAUAAACAUUUACAAUUUUUAAAAUUCCCAGAUAAUUUUAAUCCUUUUGUUAAUGGUUUAACUUCAAAUGUUGAACCUUUCUUAGCUACAAGUAUAAAAGAACCAUUACAAAGUAAAGAUUUACCAUUUGCUCAUUUUGCAUUACCUUUAAAAAAAAAAGCAGAUGAAUUAUUUGAUGAAGAAUAUUUAGCUUUAGCUUUUAGUGGAUUAUUACAAAGAGCUUUAACUAUAUUAAGAGAUACUGAAUUACCAAUUGCUUAUAAUGUUGUUUUCACCAAGAAAUGGAUUUAUUUAGUUCCAAGAUCAAAAGCUUAUUAUGAAGUUGAACAAGGUAAAUUAGGUUUAAAUGCAGCUGGAUUUAUUGGUUUAAUCUUGGCUAAAAAUGAAGAAUUAUUAAAAUUAAUUCAAAAUGAUGGUCCAACAAAGAUUUUAAGUGAAUUAGGUUUCCCAAAUACUGCUGAAGAAGGUACUGAUGAAUAUCAUUAUUAA